UCGUCCAGCGUAUGUGAUCCGCCUCUGCGGUUUAUAUUGGCAGCUAGCAGCUAGGUUACGUGUGUUAAUGGAUUUCUCUCCCUACAUACCAAUCACGAACCACCACUGUUUUCAACUAACAAGAUUGGUCCAAGUGCGGUGGCUCUGUUCGAUUAUAGUCGUCGUCGUCGUCGGGGGUAGGAAGUAAGUAAGAAAUGCGAUAAAGAGAAAAGCUUACAUCGAUCGGCAGCCAGUCAUGGCUUUUUCAUGUUUUCUCCAUCGCAAAUUUCAUCGUCCUAGUAUCUCAGACCUGUUUGGAGCGAGAAGCUUUGCGUUGAUACCGACGUGUUUAGCUCUCCUUACUUCUGUUUUCAUUCUUGUUUACAUCUCUUCGACCUCGAAGCUCAUCAGGCACCAGCACGACCAUUCACAUUUACUUCUGCUCAGGUCGUCGGUCAAGUCUUCAAGAAUAUCAUACCAGAUCGUCCAAACUUCCUUCCACAAUCCUCCGAGAAAUGCUUCUGAUGGUGUGCCACCCGAAUCAAUAAUUGAGGGUAAUGAAGUUCAGUCUGUCUCCAACUAUAGUCGUGAAGGAGCUGAGAUUCAUCAGCCUGUGGUGGUUCUACGAUCUGAUGGUUCAAACCGAACCCUAGUUUAUGGAGAUAACCCAGUUUGGAGCCAUGCUGGUGAACUAGUUGAUGAGAAUCGCCAGCCCGCUGAAACCCACCAAUCAAAUGAUUCAAACGACGAGCCACCAGUCUGGAACUCUAGUCAUGGAGUUGGGAUUGGUCAGCCUCUGCAGAGUCGUCCAUCUGCUGAUUCCGAAGGAAACCAUCUAAAGGAGGUGUUCCAUGACAAAGAAAAUUUUUUCGAAGAUUAUAAAGAGAUGAAUAGAAGCUUCAAGAUAUAUGUUUAUCCUCACAGCAAGGAUGAUCCCUUUGCAAAUACACUGUUGCCAGUGAAUUCUGAACCAGGAGGGAAUUAUGCCAGUGAAGCUUACUUCAAGAAGGCUCUUACAAAGAGCCACUUCAUCACUAAGGACCCUUCAGAGGCAGAUCUCUUCUACAUGCCUUUCUCCAUUGCAGCAUUGCGACAUGACCGGCGAGUGGGCGUCGGCGGAAUUCCGGUCUUUGUUCAAGCAUACAUCCAUAACAUCAGCCAUACUUAUCCCUACUGGAACCGGAGUGGAGGGGCUGACCAUUUCUAUGUUGCUUGCCAUUCCAUUGGAAACACAGCAACCAAGAAAGCAGAUGAAGUGAGGUUGAAUGCUAUUCAACUUGUAUGCUCUUCAAGCUACUUCGUGACUGCAUAUGUUGCUCAUAAGGAUGCAUCGAUGCCACAAAUCUGGCCAAGACAUGAUGAUCCUCCAACCUUUUCUUUGUCAAAGAGGAAAAGGCUAGCCUUUUUUGCUGGAGCAGUAAACUCACGUAUACGUCAGGAUGUUCUCAACGCAUGGAAGAAUGACUCUGAGAUAUUUGUGAACUCUGGUCGCCUCAAGACACCAUACUCUGAUGCACUUCUUGGGAGCAAGUUCUGCCUCCAUCUCAAGGGUUUUGAAGUUAACACAGCCCGUAUCGGGGAUGCUAUGUUUUAUGGCUGUGUUCCAGUGAUAAUUGCUGACUACUACGAUCUACCCUUUGUAGACAUAUUAAAUUGGAAGAGCUUCUCCCUCAUUGUUCCCUCUUUGGACAUCACUUUGCUCAAAAGAAUCCUUAAUGGAGUCAGCUCUGUUCACUACUCCACAUUACAAAGAAAUGUGCUCAAGGUAAGGAAACAUUUCAAAUGGCAUCCUCUUCCAGUUGAUUAUGAUGCUUUUUACAUGGUCAUCUAUGAACUGUGGCUACGACGAACUUCUCUGAAGAUCCCAUUGCAUGUAUAGAAACAAAGAUCCCAAUUCCAUGUAGAUACAGAUAGAUAACUCUAUUUGUAAAUUUGGUUCAAUUCAAUGUCCAACAAAGAUCCCAAAAUAUUUCUUCUUUCUAGUA